CACACACACACACACACACACACACAAAACACAACACGGCAGCGAUGGCGCAGUUGUUGCGACAUGUGCGGUGCAUGGCGACGCGGGUGACGCGCUUGCGUGUGGGGGAUUCUGCGGAGAUGCGAAAGCGGUUCACAAUGGAGGAGGUGAAGGCGUUUGCGGAGCUCAGCGGGGACGACAACCCGCUGCACACAGACCAAGACUACGCAGCCAACACCCGAUUCGGCAAAUGCAUCGUCCACGGCGUCCUCAUGAACGGGCUCAUUUCCGCCAUCAUGGGCGCAAAGCUUCCUGGUGAAGGCACCAUCUAUCUUUCCCAAGAGAUUGCAUUCAGGGGCCCACUGUAUGUUGGCGAUGAGGCUGUGGCGCGUGUUGAAGUGUUGGACAUCCGCAAGGACAAGCCUGUUGUCACCUUUGCCACGCAGUGCUUCAACUCAAGCGGCGAUCUGCUCAUGGACGGCAAGGGGAAAGUCAUGAUCCCCAAAGACACACACGCCAACUCCAUCGAGCAGGCCGACAACUGAUCCACAUUCUAUGUGCGUGUGCAUGUGCGUGUGUGCGUGUGUCGGUGUGUGUCAGUGUGUCGGUGUGUCGGUGUGUCGGUGUGUGUCAGUGUGUGUCGUUGUCCCUUACUCUUCCUCUGCUUCCUGUUCUUCUGCUUCUGCUUCUGCUGCUUCUUCUCUGUGCUGCCUUCAUAUCUGUCUGUCGCCUGUCGCGAUUGUUACGUAUUGCGACACCAUUAAAACUCCUCCCCGCCAG